GGAGCUCCCGCCCCCCGAAGCAGCUGGACUCCACCUCAGCAGAGGAUGCCAGUCCAGCUCUCAGCAGCAGCAGCUCUAAGCCCAGGGUGUCCAUCCCAAUGGUCCGCAUACUGGCCCCAGUCCUGGUGCUGCUGAGCCUCCUGUCAGCCGCAGGCCUGAUCGCCUUCAGCAGCCACCUGCUCCUGUGGAGAAAGGAAGCUCGACAGGCCAUGGAGACACAGAGGAACGAGAAGGUCCACCUCCCACACUUGCCACUGGAGAAUGGCCGGGACACAGAGGACGCCGUGAUCAACAUUGCAGGGUCCAUGGGGCCUCUCACCAUCCCCGAGCCCUCUCCCAGCCUCUUCACAGAGAUCCAGUAUCUAAGCCAGACUACAGAGGAAGAGGAAGCCCCUUCCCAGGCCCCCGAAGGGGACGUGAUCUCGAUGCCUCCCCUCCACACAUCUGAGGAGGAGCUGGGUUUCUCGAAGUGUGUCUCAGUGUAGGGCAGGAGGCCCUCCUGGCCAGACCAGCCGUGAAGCAGUGUGGCUGGCUGGAUCAGCACUGAUUCCCGAAAGCUUUCCACCUCAGCCUCAGAGUCCAGCUGCCCGGAAUCCAGGCUCU